CCACCGUUAGAGCGUGUUCAAUCGCUUGCGGAGUGUCAUUCGGUUCACCAACUCGCAACGUCCAGGGCACGUGAAAAGGGAGCGUACGGCACGCGAUCGAGAGUGUCAAUUUUCUAAUCAGAAAAGUGUGUGUUUUUUGUGUGUGACGGAAGUGCAACUAAGCAGUGUGAGGCAGUGUUAGCUGGGGAAAAGUGCAUCUUGGGUGAUCGUGUGCACGUGUGUGUAUGUGUGUGUCUGUGUGUGUACAUUGAUUGAUCGAUUAAAAUUAACGCGUGUGUGAUCUGCAGUCAAACCCGGGAACCAGUCGAACGCCACGACACGAAGAUUGAAGAUUGAUGGUGAGCGAAAUUAUCCACUUUGCAGCCAGGGUGUUUGUGGCGUGCGUCGGUCGACUGCAGGAGAGGAACCAAGCAGCGGGGGGCUGUACACCGAAACGAUAAUUCAAUUUAUUUCGACAACGACGUCGUGCGAGACAGAAAGCCAUCGAGCCCCGGACGGAUUGUUCCAGCGAGCAACGGGCGGGUGUUCGAGUUAGUAGUCGCUCAAAGUCGGGUCGGGUGAGUUGGGUGGCGUUUGUGGCGUGCUUCGUUCGACUAAUUAAGAGUGUCCGGCGGUCGGUGCAUCUUUGCCGGUGGGAGGGACCGUCUUUUGAAGUGGUGCUUCGUCGGUGUCGGUGUUUCGGUUUAUCGGUCGGUUAUUGAACCAAAAAGCCCCAAUCGAGUCGUGCCAAAAUUGUCCAACAAUCGGCCAUCGAUCGGAGUGACACAAUCAAGGAAGUGGUGCUAAAUUUUACAAGUGUUUUCGUUGUGUCGGUUUGUCUAUGCGUGUCUGUGUGUGUGUGCCUCACUGGACUGGAUUCGAUAAUGAGAAUAUAAUCCAAUUAAAGUGUCCCCGUACGUUAAGCGAGCGAAAUAGGAAGAGCGAAGGUGUCACCUGCGUGUGCGUGUGUGUGUGUGUGUUUGUUCAUUACAUCGACCUCUGUAUUAAAGCUUUCCCUCUGUAUAUUUUUUGCAAAAUAAAACAAGAAAAUAAACAGUGAUAGAUCGUGCCAUAGCAAAGUGUUUCUUGGAAGCCAGAAAGUGAAACAAAAAAAAUCCAACAAAAUUAGUGCUUAGUGCUUUUUGGUGCUGCCAUAACACCAUGCUACAGGAAGUGCAUAACGUGUGUUAAUAUACCAGUGCCCGUGUCCAUUCACCAACGGAACAGGGAACAGCAAACGACCGCGGAAGGGAUACCACGCCAACCACGCCAGCAUUCGCGUCCAGCUGACCAAACAAUGAUUACUCCCCGGAUUACCAUGACACGGAUGCAGUUUGGAUUCAAUUUCCUGCUGCUGAUUGCCGCAUCCUCGAUUAAUGGCAAUCAACAAAUCUCGAAAAGUGACGCCCUGAAGCUGACGCCCGAGGAGGAGAUGGCCCACUUCGUCAACCAGUCGCGCAUGGUCACCUGCAGCCAUCCGGACCAUUCGGAGGUGCGGCUCAAGUGGCGCAAUCCGAAAAAUGCCAUCAUUAGCGAAACCAAGGGCCGGGUGCACAUCGAGGAUAAGGGCGACUCGCUCGCGCUGAUAUUCGAAGCGAUUGCCCGCACCGACCAGGGCAACUGGACGUGCGAGGUGGACGUCGAGGGGACGGCCACCGCCACCGAGGGUCGGGUGACCGUGCCGGCGCUACGAAAAUCCUUUAAAAUGAUCGUUUACGAGCCCAUCUCGUUCCGGGAUACCAACACGGUGCAGACGGCGGUCGAAGAUAAGGACGCGACCAUCCGCUGCGAGGUAAAAGGACAUCCGGAACCAUCCGUUUCCUGGUACUUUAACGGCCAACCCCUGUUCUUCUCCAACAAUGGGCGGUACAGCAAGCUGGCCGACGGUAUGUCCAUCAAAAAGGUGGUCCAGAACGAUAGCGGCGAGUACACGUGCAAAGCGUUCCAGAUCUCGGCCACCGGUAGCAGCUUCGAGGAGAAGACGAUUCGCCUCAACAUCAAACACAAACCGUACAUGCCACCGUGGAAAAAAUCCAUCUCGGACGCGUACGGGUACGUCGGCGGCAUGGUGAACCUUACCUGCGAAGCGACCGCCGAACCGCCGGCCAACUUCAGCUGGUCCGCCAACAAUAAAAAGCUCACCCCGAAAAGCCACAUCAUUUACAACGGGCGCCACGUGUCGAUGCUGCAGAUCAUGAUAAAAACCAGCAGCAUAUUCGGCAAGUACAAGUGUGAGGCGAAAAACGAGCUCGGGUCAGUGACGCAAGAGAUCCACUUGAAGGAAGGCACCAAACCCGAUCCACCGAGUCUGUUUCAGCUGCGCGGUGUCAACUCGGACACGCUCGACAUCGACGUCGGCGCUACGAAGUCCCAUGACAUUCCGCCCGACCCGACCACCGUCAUCGGGUACCGGUUCGAGCUGAUGCCGACGGACGAAUACUUAAAGUCCCGCUCGUGGGACCACGCCAGCCGACGUGACUUCGACGUGGCCGACGGUGCCACCUAUCUGCUCGUGCAGCUCAUACCCGACACCAAGUACCUCAUCCGGGUGGCGGCCCGCAACGCGGCCGGCCUGAGCGACUGGACCGAGGUGAAGGAGUUCUCGACCCACCCGGUGCAGCCGCACGGUACGAGCGGCUCCAGUGCCCAACCCACCGACGUGUGCUUCAAGUUCGUCUGGCUGCUGGCCGUGGCGCUCCCGGCGGCCCUAUCCAUCACGCAUCACCGGUUUGCCGACCUGACGAAGGGACGGUUUUAAAUCCCCCCUCCCCCCCGGAAAACCCCCCAGAGCUUCCCCAUCGGUUUGCGAAACGUAACCUUAAUGCGGGGAAGCUAAUGCGUUGGUGGGUGUACAUUCACGCCCACACGGGAAAUUAAACCAAAAAAAAAGGUAAGCGAGAAAUUGGCUUCACAUCGGCAAACAUUUCCCCACACACACACAACUGUCUUCACUCGUGCGUUUACGUCAGUUCGGGUGCUUCCUACACACCAACACACCAGGUUGCAGGCGAAUGAUCGAUCGGGCAUGAUGACGAAAUCCCCGCAUCGCUAGCGGCGCGUCCGUGAGUGGCGUCGUACAUGAUGAGAAAAGUUUUUAGUGUCACUUUACGGAAAUUACACUCGUUUAGCGCGCGAUGGUAGUUCAUCUUCUCCUUAUGACAUACACAGACACUCACCAGCACGAAGAAAAUGUUUUGGAAGGCUCUAAUGCAUCAUCCAAAAGCGGUACUGUAAGAUCAGAAAGAGGAGCAAAAAACAUCCCCAGCAUCGGACGUAAAAUCGCAUUUCAUUGAGUAACAGAGAUUUAUGGCGACAAAAAGAAACAAACACACACACAUACACUAUUAAAAACGAACGUUGUAGUGCGGAUUGCCAGACUUCAGGCGCAUCGUAAACGCAAAUUGAAUUCGUUGCGCCUAACAGUAUGCAAUGCGCAAGUAAUGAAGGCUCCUUUAUGCACAGUAAACUCGGUACAGAGAUACACAUGGAAGGACACACCAACACACAGAAACACAUCCCUAGAGCCAAAGAAAACCCGUCUCCCUUUAGAAGUUUAGAUAAGUAUCGAAGAAGAAGAAGAAGAAGAAGAUAACAUUUCCGUAUGUUUUUACGUGUAUAUUAACUAGUUGCAGGAUGCAGAGUGUACGAGGAUGUGUUCACAUAAACACACUCCGAACAGAUAGUGUGCGUAUGUGCGUGCGUGUGCGUGUAUAGGUAAUACAAAAAAGUUACUAUAGAUCAAAAGGGGUCCCACGGGGGGACUUACUGCACUAGCUAGAAGAUAAUUAUGGCCUGUUGUGUUUUUGAUAUCUGUUUAUGAAUGGCAAGAACGUUACACCCUUCACCCUCUUCCCCCGCGUAAUAACGUGUUAAGAAGGAAGGAAUUAAUAGAAAACAACACCCACACUCACUGUUCAAACUAGUGAUGUGCUCUGUGGAGCGCGCACCCACGAUUCCGAUCUGACUCCAACUAUUGUUAGUCCAAUCCCGUCUCCGGACAAAUCGGAACCACUAGUUCCGUCCGGAGUCGUAGUUGCCCGGAGUUAUCCGAAGUUACCCGGAGUUGUCCAGAGACGUCCAGAGUGGUUCGCGGUCGGCUGGAGUCGUCCGGAUUCUUUCGGAGUUGUCUGGAGUCUGCUCUGAGUCAUCCGGAGUCAUAUGGAGUCUAGAUAAUGGUGGACGGACCUAUCUUCCAAAAUUUUCAACGCGGUCCCAAAACUUUCGUAUUUAGAUGGGAAUCGACUUCGUAUGUUUGCCAACUGUACCCAUCACUAGUUCACCCACAAGCAAAACCCCCAACCACACCUUCCGAGGAGAAAUGCGCAACUUUAUUGCAUCGUCACCAGCCGUUCGCCAGUUGUUUUCCCGCAGCAAGCACUCCCUGCCAAGAAGGAACUUUUCCUCCCAAAAGCCUUCCACUCAAUUAUCGUGUGGCGAGGGAAACAUGGAAAAGAAAAACCAGUGCUUCGUUUAUUAAAUUCUUGACCUCCUUUUCUCGGGAAUCAACUCAUUAGCUGACCGUGUCCGUCGCAGGCGUGUCGGCGGUGCCGGCAUCGUUUUGGGCACUCACAGACACUCACAUAAUCCACCGUACUGGCUGCACCUGCUUACCUGCGGCCUAGCGAAAGGAACUACCAACACCCGGACGUGGGUAAGCAGCCGCAGGAGGGGAAAAUAAGUUGCUCCUAACAAUUGGUUUAGCUUCUUGCUGUAGCGACCCCGCUGUAGUGUUUUAUGUCCGCGCUGUCCGGAUUUUGGAGCGAGCGAUCGUUGGCGAAAACGAACUCUAAUCCUUCUCCGACAUUCAAGCGCUCUGCGAAAGAGUGUUCUGAGCUGUGCUGGAGGAAAAACAGGAAAGAGGUGCUAAGUCGUGAGACGUUGCAGUGUUUCCGGUAGGUUGUUGCCAACUGACGACCACUGAUACAAAAGACACAGAAGCAGCAGCAGCAGAAAUCUGUGCAGCAAGGGUGCAUCUAGAUGCGCCGCUCGCCUUCUUUGCAGAUGCAAUUAACUAGAUAAAAAGGUUUCAAUUCUACACCGCGGCACUUUUUGGGAAAAGAGAUGCUGAGAUACAGAGAUGGCGCAGCGAAUGGAAUGCUUUCAGUGUUUCAUUUGAGUCGAAUGGCUUCGGUGUGUUGAGAUCUUUUUUUUUGCUGUACGUUCUAUUUAAGUUUCAUUCGACAUGAAUUUUGCACUUCGUUGACACAUUUCCAUCUUUGGUUUGCUGGCUUUCGGGGACGGUCGGGGAGGAGACCUUCAUCCUUCUUCUUUAUAAUUUUUGUUCUCGUUGCUAGUUUCAGUUCCCUCAUACUCCUGUUUCCACUUGCAAGAUGAAUAAAUAUAAAAGUCCCACCGGGUUGUGGAGGAAAUCGGCGAACUCCUGCAUGGACAGUCACGCUGUAUUCGGUGGGAAUUCCGCUUCAUCAGCAUUCCCGUUUUCCAACCCGUUGCGGCCACACAAGAAAUCUCGCUCAUAAACAACGGCACAUUCACAUUCGCAGUACGAUAGCAGUAGAAAGCUUGACAUACACACACACACACACAGAACAGAAAGGAAACGGAAAACGGAAUAGUUUUCUAUUUAAAACGGAAACGAUGCGCUCGCUUCCAGCUACCGGCAGGAAUGGAAAUUGCACCUGCACACGCUGUUCCGGCUGUCCGUGCGUUGCUAUCAUAUGCGAACCACACGGACUGCACGGUUGAGAGAUUGAUGCUACAGCUUUUGGUGUUGUUUUCGGUCCGAGUUUUACUUAUACUUUUUGUGAGCUUUUUUUUCUUUUUUUUCUCGCAAAACAACCAACCGAGCGACAUCAAACGAGCGGCUGAAUCUAGAUGAAGAGCACUUUUUUCACUUAUUUUUGUCCACUGAAUCGGUCUUGUCGGUCGCUUUAGAAUGCAAAAUAUGCGAGGAGGGGGGGGAGGUAAAAACUGUCCUUAAAAGAAGCAAGGAAAAGAAGGGGUAAAAAACAAAUCAUUUAAAUUUCAUAGCAGCUCUUUAAAAAAAGAUGAACAAAAAGCAAAAAGACGCGAAAAUUGGGGCAAACACAUUUUAAAUUCACUCUCCAACUCGCCAUUUCUUUACGGGCGACAAAUUUACUGGCUCGCCCCAGUAACUCCGCAGGAAAAUGCAUUUCAUCUGCACGAAUAACACCUCCAGCGCGGAGGUUGAGCACGCCGCUUCACGCCACAAUAAUUGCAUUUCACUUAUUAAAUCAACCCAAUUUUGCGCGUUCCUUCUGUCGCUGUCACGUUGGCAAAAGAGAGAGAGAGAGAGAGAAUGAAAAACAACGUCCCAUAGCGAAAUAAUAAAUUGAUCCGCGUUCGGCUUUCGGCUCGCACCCGAAAAGUGCGCACAUAAUCGAAUGCAACGUGCACUAUGUGCAUCGGGGAGGGCAAAGGCGUUAUUGUUUAAAUACAACGCGUGCGCCCGUUCCCCCUUUGCGGAACGUUGCGUCGCAGAGCGCGACCCAUUUCACCUUCAGUGUCACGUGGCGCGUUCCGAAAGUUUAAAUUAAAAUUUCCGUGUUUUUUUAGUCGCUGCUCAUCGUCGUCGCUGCGUGCAAUGAAGUGCAAUGAAGUGCAAUGAAGAAUCUACGGGACACAGCAAGGUGCACGCGCAAGGGUGAAAAGCGUUGAAAAACUUUCCGCACAAGAUUCGCCGUGUCGCUUGCAGUCGCUUGUGCCGUUAUAAAUGCGCUCUUGCACUUCAUCGGCUGACGAUGAGCCAGCGCGCGCGCGCUCGGAAAGGGCAUUAAAAUAACUUUUAUGCUUAUCAUUUUAUGCAUCGAUGCGAGCCAUCUUCUGGACAAUCUUUUCCAUCCCAGUGUUGUGUUGAAGCGCACUAUCGCAUCCUUUCGACAGGACGAUGAAAGUUUCAACAGGGGGCUAUGAAUUUCUCCCGCUCGCAGCAUGAUCAUGCGAUGAUGAUCAUGGUUAUCGUAAAUUAUGAUACUCUGAUCCGUUCUGUUUUUUUGCAGCGGAUGACAAGCAAGAAGAAGCGUUAUUUUUUACGCUUCUUUUUGUUUAGCUGACUUUUAACUCUCCGUCUGAAAAUGGGAUAAGCAAAUUUGCGAGGUGAAACAGAAAGGAGCAGGAAAUUUAAAUUAAACCCAACUUCCACUGGAACUGAACGCUCAUCUGUCGAUGAGAUGGAGAGAAUCCUGUUUUCAACCCUUUCUUUUUUUUUUUAAACAAAACCAAAUAAGUUGUUCCGGGACCGCUUUGACGUGUUUGUUUGCCUCCAUUCUUAUGUGUUAUUGGCUCUGUUUUUUUGUGUUUUUUGCAUGUUCCAGUUCUAUUUUAAUCCCUUACAUUUGUAGGCUUUACUCUAUUUUUUCGACAGCAGGCGAACCGAAAACAAACAAACAACAACAACAAAAGCGGAGUGUUAUAGAAAAUUGAAUAUCGCGAUUAAAAACCAUUUCCAACUAGCCCACAAACCCCCUGGAAGGAUCGACACGGGGUAUGAAUCGACACGGGGGUAUGAAUGAUAGUGAAACAAACACGAAAAAGAGAGAGAAAAAAACCCUCCAAAUGGCCAGCCCGAUCACGAAUUGAUUUGACCAUAACCGGGCAGACGGGCCGAAUAUUGCACAUUGGCACAAACGAACCGAAACGUGCAAGGAAACCCAAAAACCGAAAAGCGGAACUUCCAGCAGCACCGUGCACCACAGGUGAGAGGACGUGUGCAUACGUUCAGAAAAAUCCACAAACACACACACACACUGCUUUUCCGUUUCCGCUUACGGUGGAUCGCGUUUUGUGUUUGUGUGUUUUUAUCCUUGUUUGGUUAUGUUUUUUUUUUUUGUUUCGGUCAUAUUUCGAGCUUCCAUUAUUUUUAUUGAACCGAACAAGCGUUGUUGUGGUGUGGGUUAAAGCUGGGCGCUAUCUAAAGCGUAAGGAUGUUAUAGUUCGAAUGCUAUCAUGGAGCACCGCAAAAAAGGGCGCGGCGCGAGGAUUGGCGUACCGAAACGGCGAAACGAGUAGCUAUUAAUUUAUUUAUCAUUUUGCUUUAUUUUACCAGCUACAGUCGUGUGUGUGUGUGUGUGUGUGUGUGUGCAGGCGGUAGAACCGGCGAGAUACGCUUAACUCAGCUGACAGAACCCCUUUAUUUGCGCUAUGACUAACAAGGUGUUUACAGAGGGGUUUUGGGAACAUUUUACCAUACAAAUUGCAUAACUUUAGGCGUUUUGAGGCACUGGCAAUGUGUUAAAAUGACAAAUUAUUAUAAUUUAUUUGAUUUCAACAACAAAAGGAGCGUAAAUUAUCAAACAAAAUUUAUUUAUGUAUUUAACUUAACAACAUGCCCGUCAUGGGUUCAACCCCCAAAUAGUCCGUGCCGCCAUACAUAGAACUGACAAUCUUGCUAUGGGAGGAAAUCAAAAAGUCACUGAAAGCCAAACCCGCAAGUGGUACAGGUAGGCCUUGACCGACAACUGUUAUUGAGCCAGAAGAAGAAGAAGCAUAAUUAAUACUUCGCUCCUUAACAAGGUUUUUACCGAUCAAAAAAGCCUUUAUUGCACCUUAAUAAGCCAAGGACUGUCAAGGGCUCGCCAAAACAAAAAAUCCACACAAUAAUCUGCACACAUCCUCGCUUCCGGAUGUUUGGGCCGGGUUUCUUCCCGCACUACUUUUUUCCCACGAAAUCGCCACGAAAUGAUUUAUUCAUCACAAAACGAGCCCCGUUACCCGUUUUGUGUUAUCGACAGCUUUCACAGAACAAGAGAUGUUCCUCUCCGCUGCUUUUAUGUUUUACCUUCGUGAAUAAUUACAUUUUUGUGUAUAACAACCACGUACGAACGUGUCCUUCCCUACAAGGCCCUUUUUCGGCAGCAUCGUGUGUGUGUUAACGUGAAUGUGAAGGAUCAGUUUUUUUUUUGCGUGUGGGACAGGGGGUUACGAAAAUGUGUUACGCAGAUAAUUUCCAAUACUAUAUGCUGUGAAUAAUUAGUGCCAUACACGCGAAAAGCACGAUUAUCGUUGUAAGCUCGCUGCUGGUCUGCUGCGUACGUAGCAAAAGUGUAUUUGCUUGCCUCUGAAUCUUAAGCUCAUCUUACUCGUUGUUCUUGUGCGAUCAUUUAUACCUACGACACGUGAUAAGGAUAAGGAUGGAUGGUGUUUCCAGCAAUGAAUGUGAAUAGGUGUAUACAUUUAACAUAUUUUGAUUACGUUUUGCGCUAAGCUUUCAAUAUUCCGUUUGUUUUUGUUCCCAUUUAUAGCUCUAUGCAUAUUGGAUGCGUGUUGAUUUUCAAUUGCCUAAGAGCGAGUUUCCAAUGAAUUCAAUCAACAUGGCAAUUUGGUGCUAAAUAUAAAACACCUCAAUGCUAACCUGGUAUUGAGAAAUGACCUGUCAUUGAGCUUCAUGCAUGCAUUCAGCACUUGUUCUUGUUUGUGUAGAGGUGUAUCGAAUGGAAUAAAAUAAAAUUAAACCAAUUCAUCAUCGUGAGACAACAUACAAAUGAAACAAAAAAAAAACUGAAACAAAAACCAAUAAAAUCACUUCAUUAAUCGUGAACGACAUCGAUCGUUAAAUGCGCUGUCCGAGUUGAUAGAGACUAAUAGAAGGUCAGCCUUCUGUUGUGUUGUGUUCAAUUCUGUGUUUUCUAUCAUUAUCUCUCCCACUACCAACUUCCCGCACUCGCACACCAGCGCCGUUAUCACGAAUGGUUAAUUAUGAGUAAAUAAAAUUUGGAUUAAAUCAACCAUAACUCAUCCGUCGGGUGUGUUCCGCCGGGCCAGAGCUGGAUAUAAUCAGUAGCGAUAGAGAAAGAAAAAAAGGAGUGCAAACCAAAGUCAACAUUACUGGAGGGCAAUGCAAUGACCUUACCUCUCCCUGUUUUUUUUUUUGCACCACCCUCGCGUCACGGCACCCGGAGUCACGCAGUACACACAGAGGUUAAUUUAAUUAUUUAUCCUCCAACUCGGACUCACACACACUCGGAGGAUCGAUACUAGGCGUGUCGGGGCCGGUGCCGCAGCGAAAGAAGUGAAACACAAUGAAUUGAAAAAGAGAUAGAGAGGGAGAAAGCGAAAAAAAGAAGUGAAAUAAAAUGCUUCCCCAAACCCUUUCGCUACCUUUCUGUGCCCUCCGCGCGUUUGUAAACUGACACUGCGGACGGGCGCUAUGGUUGUUAAUUGCUAGUAAUUAAAAUUAUUAUCACCAACAGCACAAGAGCGGGUGACGAGCGGGCGAAGGGAAUGCACAUUCUCACACCCUCUUCAUGUCGUUGCAUCAAAUGCAACAAAUUAUUAAACAAUCAAAACCGGACACCCCGGGGCAAAAAGGAGCCGAAUGGAAAAGGGGAAUUGCGGGAACGAGUCAUAUGGUGCAAUCAGUGCCAUACUUCUGGUUGAUUGAGUGCGACCAAGAUAUACGGCUACGGCUGCAAUCUGGUCCGACUGCAAUCUGUAUUGCAGUUCACAGUACCAUUUGCUUAUUUAUAGAAAGUGUUUUUUUUUUUUCUCGAAAAUGAACUGAACUUCAAUAAUAAAAAAAAACAGAAAAUAAAAAUAAGUAAACACCACAAGAAACACACACAUAAAAACACACGAAUAGAUCAAAUCAACAGUUAAGCAUUACUAAACUACUACUCCUUCUCCUUUCAAACCCCCAUAAUCAUUAAACUGUGUAGUGUAAACGAAUACUAGCGAAGGAAUGAAAAGAGAUGGAUUUGAGAAAUUAAACGAAACAGAAACGGAUACGUUGUAAGAUGUAAAACCGAAAAACUAAAUCAACAAGACUUAUCGAAGGGAAAGAAAAAGAAGAAGAAUAAAUAAAAACAAACUUAGAAUUUGUAAAAAAAAACAACAACAACAACACGGCAAACCGAAACAGGAGAUUAAAAUUAAAAACAUCAAUAAACCGUAAAACGAUGCAUAACUAGACGAAAGGUGAUGAAGAAGGUAGCGAACGUUAUUGAUAAACUAAUUACACAACACGGCAAGCAGGCGGAGGAGGAAGAGGAGAAGGAUGUUGCUUUUCACUAGAACUGUCGUGUUUCACAAUCGAUAACCACCUUGGGAGGAAAAAACGAUUCUGGUAAAUGAAAGAGGGGAGGAAAAUACUAAAAAAGAGAGCAAAACCCAAAACAAAACAAGAAGUAAAGAAGAAACAAUCGGCUAGCAUUAAAGUAAAAAACGAAACUGUAAACCAAUAGAGAAAGCAAACAAUUAAACUGAACGAGAAUUGAGAACGAAAUAAUAAAUCCAAACAACAACAAACAAACCAAA